UGAAAGCUUUGUUGUCAAUGGCGCGAGGCUUCUUGAUUUCUACACAAACCAAAAAUUCUUCACAUUUUCUCCUAAAUUCCAUCUCUGAAACUUCAAGAUUAACUAAAUUACUCUAUUACCCUUCUUCAUCAUCUCUCCGUUUCUCUCUUUCACCUCCUCCUUUUCCUCCUCGGUUUCUGUGCAGUUGUUGCAGUCACCUCCAAGAAAAUGGCACAAUUGACAUGUCAGUACACUCAGAGGCAUUUGCUAAGCGUAUGGCUAUGGUGGGUCUCAAACCCCAUCAUCGUAUUGUUCUGGGCGUUUCUGGUGGCCCUGAUAGCAUGGCCCUCUGUGUCUUAACUGCUGCAUGGAAAACCAAUAACCUUGGUAAUGCUGCUCAAAAGAAUGAGUUUGUUGACGGGCUUUUAGCAGUGGUAGUUGAUCAUGGACUUCGUGCUGAGAGUAAAGAUGAGGCUCACCUUGUUCAUCGCCGAGUCACAAGCAUGGGAAUCGAAUGUGAGAUUGCUUGCUGUGAAUGGUCAGAAGGCAAGCCAAAGCAGGGUCACUUGCAAGAAGCAGCUCGCCAGAAGAGGUAUGAAAUUCUCCAAAGUGCUUGCAUCCGGCAUCAGAUUGGUGUGUUGAUGACUGCACACCAUGCAGAUGACCAGGCAGAACUAUUCAUUCUCAGGUUAUCUCGCAAUAGUGGCGUGCUUGGACUCGCUGGAAUGGCAUUUGUUUCAGAGCUGUUUUCUACAUGCCCAGAUUUAAGUGCUGAAGCGAGUAGCAAUGGACUUUUAUUGGUGAGACCUCUCCUGGAGUUACCUAAAGAAGAUAUGUACAAGAUAUGUCUAGCUGCCAAUCAAGAAUGGGUUGAAGAUCCCACAAACAGAAGUGCAUUAUUUGCUCGUAAUAGAAUUCGGAUGAUAUUGACUGACUUGGCAUCACCUAUCUUCAGAUCCGAGUUGCAAGCACUUAUCGCUGCUUGUCGGAGAACAAGGUUGCAUGUUGACAAAAUUUGUUCCAACCUGAUGCAUCAAGCUGUGACUAUCAUGCCUGAAGGGUAUGCGGUGAUUGAUUUAGGAAUCCUCGGUCCUUCAGAAUUAAAGGACAUAGUCCUCUCCAAGUUUAUUGCUUUGUUAUUGCAGUUUGUUUCACAAAAGCAAAGGCCAGUCAGAGGCAGUGCAUCAAAGUUGUUAUUAGACUACAUUCGGACUUCCCCAUGCAAGACUGCUGCUACUGCAUCCGGUUGUUACCUUUGUCCUGCUCCUGGCUCCAAAGGCACUAAAGUAUUGAUUUCCUGCUCUACUGAUGCUGAGUUGACACUAGAGUUGCUAAAUCCAUACUCGACCGAAGGAUAUAACAGCACUAUUUCGAAAGAGGUAGAGCAAAUUGUAGCAAAUGGGAGGUCAUACUCAGAUCAGUGCCCUCAAAGUAUGCUUGGAGUGCAAUUUUUGAACCUAGCAUCUUCUGAUUCCGUUUUAGCUGAAGCCAAAAGGGAAGGCAUUCUUAGUGAAUCUACCUACAAGAGCAUUAUUUCUCUGCGGAGAGCGGAAAGCAAUAAUUUCAAGUCCAAAACUAAUAUUGCGCUAAAAAACAAGGUGGAACACAAAGUAGAAUACACAGCUUCUGCUCCAAGCGAAGUACUCCAUCCUGAAAAAGUUGGGUACUUCAUGAACAGAUUUAUAGUGAAGUGGUAUCUGUGCAAGCAAAAUGCUUACACUUCAUAUUUCAUGAUUAAUUCUAAUCAACUCCAAGAUUUUGGAGAAGAAAUAUGUAACUUUUGCAAUUCUUGUGUCCUUGGCCAUGAUCAAAUGGUCAGGGUCCGUUACAUGAUUGAUGCUGAUUGGUUGUACCUAGCAACGUUAUCAAAAAGAGAGGAUAGAAGCAUUGUUCAUGAAGAAUGUUCCCUUUCAGUGGAGUCACGAGUAAUGAGCAACAUAAACUUGUGUUCUACUUGUACAAAAAAAUCAGCUGAAAGAGCUCUCCUCUUAUUGAAGUCCAUUCCUGUCGCUGCAAGAAGAGCUUUACCUGUCUUGGUCAAUGUGGAUGGAGUGUUGCUAAGCAUACCAAGUGUGGGUUUCCAGCACUGUCCUUGCUUGGUGGCAUCCGCUAUAUUUAAGCCAAAAGUCCCACUCGGUGGAGGUUACAAUUCAUUCCUCUAGCUGGUUUACAAUGUGAACUUGUUCAUGUAUCAUUAUUAGUUGAGCUGGUGUUCUGAUGUUUCCGAAGAGGGGGGAAAUCUCUGCUGGAUGGAGGUUAUAAUAUAUUCCUCUGGUUGGUUUACAAUGUCAACUUGGUUCAUGUACCAUUAUAAGUCUAGCUGGCCCUCCAAAGUUACCAGAGGG